CUAAGGGCACAAGGGAAGUGGCGGGCGGGGACUGAGGGGGGCGUGCAGGUGAACGGACAGGCCGGGGGUCGCGGGCAUGGCUGAGGCCAGGAAGCGGCGGGAGCUCCUUCCCCUGAUCUACCAGCAUCUGCUGCAGGCGGGCUAUGUGCGUGCGGCGCGGGAAGUGAAGGAGCAGAGCGGCCAGAAAAUUUUCCUGAGUCAGCCUGUAACCCUUCUGGACAUCUAUACACACUGGCAACAAACUUCGGAGAUUGGCCGGAAACGGAAGGCAGAGGAAGAUGCGGCCUUGCAGGCCAAGAGGAGCCGUGUGUCAGACCCUAUCAGCAGCUCAGAGAGCUCGGAAGAGGAGGAGGAAGAGGAGGAGGCAGAAGCCAAAACCACCAAACCCACCCCGAGAUUAGCAGCUACCAACUCCUCAGUCACAGGGACCGUUUCGUCUUCAAAUGUGAAAGAAAAAGCCAAGGCAAAGACCACGAAAGCCAGUAAGACGGUAAACUCCACGACACACCCUGCCCCGGGAAAGGCAGUGGCCCACCUCCUCACUGGGAAGUCACCCCAGAAGACAACGGGGCCCUCAGCAAAUGCUGUCUUGGUGUCAGAAACCGAGGAGGAGGGCAGCGUGUCAGCCCUCAGAACCGCCGCCACGCCUGGAAUGGCAUCCGCCAACCAGGCUGACAGCUCCAGUGAGGAUACCACCAGCUCGAGUGAUGAGACAGACUUGGAGGCGAAAGCGGCAGUAAAACCACUGCAGGUCAGAGCCUCAGCCACUGCAGUCAAGGAGUCUCCGAGAAAAAGUGCAGCCCCAACUCCAGGGAAGGCAGGGGUUGUGACACCCCAAGUCAAAGGCAGUGCUGUGACCCCAGCCAGCAGGGCCAAGAAGCCAGAAGAGGUCUCAGAGAGCAGCGAGGAGUCCGACGAGAGUGAGGAGGAGGCCCCUGCGGGGACACCCAGUCAGGUGAAGGCCUUGGAGAAAACCGUCCCAAUCAGAGUUGCUCCUAGUCCUGCCAAGGGGACCCCUGGGAAAGGGGCCACCCCAGCACCCCCUGGGAAGGCAGGGCCCUUAGGGAAGCCAGAGGAGGACUCGGAGAGCAGCAGCGAGGAGUCAGACAGCGAGGAGGAGACACAAGCUGUCAAGACCCCAGUGCAGGCAAAGCCCUCUGGGAAGAUCCCCCAGGUUAAAGCUGCCUCCACACCAUACAUCCAGGUGUUUUUCCCUAAGAAAGGGUCCCUUCCAACACCCCCUGGCAAGGCAGGGCCUGCAGCCACCCAAGCCCAGCCCAGGAAGCAGGAGGAGGAGGAGAGCAGCAGCAGCAGCAGCGAGGAAUCAGACAGCGAGGGCGAGGUGCCCACGGCCAUGCGGCAGACUACAAGCCUGGCUCAGGCAAAGCCCUUGGAGAAAAACUCUCAGGUCAGAGUUGCCUCAGCCACGGGUGCAGGACCCUCGGCAAAGGGCACGGUCCCAGCGCUCCCUCAGAAGGCAAGGUCUGUGGCCGCCCAGGACGGGAAGCAGGAGGACUCAGAGAGCAGCAGUGAGGAGGAGUCGGACAGCGAGGAGGAGAUGCAGAAGGCAGGGACCUCAGCCCAGGCACAGUCCUCUGGGAAAGCCCUCCAGGUCAGACCUGCCUCCGGUCCCACCAAGGGGCCCCCUCAGAAGGCCAGGCCUGCAACCACCCCGGUCAAGGUUGAAAGGGCCGAGGAAGACUCGGAGAGCAGUGAGGAGGAAUCAGACAGUGAGGACGAAGCUCCUAUAGCCAAGACUCCAGCCCAGGCAAAAUCAGCUGUGAAAACUUCUCAGAUCAAGGCCUCCCCAAGGAAGGGCACCCCCAUUACACCCACAUCUGCCAGGGUCCCCCCAGUGCAAGUCGGCACACCAGCCCCCCGGACAGCAGCAGCAGUGAGUACGCCCACCUGCGCAUCAUCCCCAGCCAUAGUCAGGCACACCCAGAAGCCAGAGAAGGACUCUUCAAGCAGCGAGGAGUCCGAGAGCGAGGAGGAGACAGCUCCUGCUACAGCAGGGGGACAGUUGAAGUCUGUAGGGAAGACCCUCCCAGUGAAAGCUGCCUCACCACCCACCAAGGGGCCCUCAGGAAAAGGGACCACCCCAGGGCCCCCUGGGAAGGCAGGACCUGCAGUGGCACAGGUCAAGGCUGAGGUGCAGGAAGACUCAGAGAGCAGUGAGGAGUCGGACAAUGAGGAAGCGGCUGCAACUCCCGCACAGCUGAAGACUUCAGUGAAAACCCCUCAGACCAAAGCCAACUCUUCUGCCACCAGAGAGGCUUCAGCCAAAGCAGCAGCACCAGCUCCUGGAAAGGGGGGCCUUGCUGUUGCUCAAGCCAAAGUGGGGUCCCCAGCCAAGGUAAAACCACCAGCGAGAACCCCCCAGAGUAGCGCCGUCUCUGGGAGGGGCCAGGUGUCUGUGCCGGCUGUGGGGAAGGCAGUGGCUGCAGCAGCCCAGGCCCAGCCGGGGCCUGUCAAGGGCUCGCAGGAGGACUCCGAGAGCAGUGAGGAGGAGUCGGACAGUGAGGGAGAGGCACCUCCUCAGGCGAAGCCCUCAGGAAAGACCCCCCAGGUCAGAACUGCCUCAGCCCCCACCAAGGCGUCCCCCAAGAAAGGGGCUGCCCCGGUACCCCCUGGGAAGGCAGGACCCCCAGCCACCCAGGCCAGGAGGCAGGAGGAGGACUCGGAGAGCAGCAGCGAGGAGGAGUCGGACAGUGACGGGGACGUGCCAGCCGCUGCUUCUCCAGCCCAGAAAGAGGGUAGCUCUAAAACUGCCACAAGCAAGACCCUGGCUCCAGCAUGCCUGGAGAAGAAAGCAGAGGAGUCCUCAACCAGCAGUGAUGAGGACUUGCCGUCCAGCCAGGUGAUUAAAACCCCUCUGAUUUUUGUCGACCCUAAUCGUAGUCCAGCUGGCCCAGCUGCUACCCCCGCCCAAGCGCAGGCUACAGGCACCCUGAGGAAGGCUCAGGCCUCGGAGAGCACAGCCAGGAGCUCCUCUGAGAGCGAGGACGAGGACGUGAUCCCCGCUACACAGUGCCCAACUCCUGCCACUAGGACCAGCGUGGUGACUGUGCCCACGGCACCCCCAAAGGCGUCCCUCAGAGCCAGUGUGGUGGGGGCUCCCAGCAGUGAGGACACAAGUCAGGGGUCUGAAGGCAAGAAGCAGGAGGCCUCAGCCACUCAGGUGACCAAGAGGAACCUCCCGCUGACGCAGGCUGCCCUGAAGGUUCUUGCCCAGAAAGCCAGUGAGGCCCAACCUCCUGCUGCCAAGACCCCGUCUUCAAGUGGGACUGACAGUGCUGUGGGAACACUCUCCACGGCGAGUCCCCAGAGCACCCCUACCCAGGUCAGAGUGGCCAACAAGCUCAGAAAGCCUGAGGUUCCUGCAGCUCAGCAGGCCACAGCCACUCCCUCGGGGCACCCCACAGCCAAGGCCCCUGCAGCCUCAGACGACAGCAACAGCAGCUCUUCAGGGAGCGAGGACGAUGCCAAGGGGUCCCAGGCGGCCCCGUCAGCCCACAGGCCAGGCCCAGCCCCCUCCAGGAGGGAGACCUUGGUGGAAGAGACCACAACAGAGUCCAGUGACGACGAGGUGGUGGCACCUUCCCAGUCUCUCCUCUCAGGUUUUGUGACUCCUGGGCUGACUCCAGCUGGUUCCAAGACUUCAAAGGCCGCUCCCAAACCAGAUGCCAGCCCCUCUGUUUCCUCUACUCCGGCCACCAGAGAUGCCCCAGAGGGCAAGCAGGAAGUGGAGCCCCAACAAGCAGCAGGCACCAUGUCCCCUAAAACAGGCAGAAAAGAGGCUGGUGCCACACCUCAGAAGCCCGGAAAGGGGCCCGGGAGUCCCCCGGCCUCCAUGCUGGCGCUGCAGAACAACAUCACCCAGCGCCUCCUGAGCGAGCCCUGGCCCCUGAGCGAGGCGCAGGUGCAGGCCUCGGUGGCGAAGGUGCUCACGGAGCUGCUGGAGCAGGAGAGGAAGAAGGCCGUGGACACCGCCAAGGAAGGCAGCCGGAAGGGCCGCCUGGGCCAUAAGCGGAAGCUGUCCGAAGACCAGACAGCCCCCAAGGCCCCCAAGAACAAGAAAAAGAAGCAGCUGGCAGCUGCGGAUGGUGGGGAGCAUGUGGUCUCAUCAGAAAAGGCCCCCAGGACUGUCAAAGGGAAAUCCAAGAAGGACAGGGCAAGUGGUGACGUCAAGGAGAAGAAGGAGAAGGAGUCUCCCGGCUCUCAAGGGGCCAAGGAGAAGCCAGUAGGGGAGCUGGGGACUCCGAAGGGUGACGGGGGAGACCACGGCAACCUUAAGAUCAAGAAAGAGAAGAAGAAAUCUGACAAGAGUAAAAAAAAAAGACAAGGAGAAAAAGGAAAAGAAGAAGAAAGCAAAAAAGGCCUCAACCAAAGACCCUGGCUCACCAUCACAGAAGAAAAAGAAGAGAAAGAAGAAGAUGGCAGAGCAAACCGUCUGAGGGACGCCAGGCGGCAGGUACACUCCUGGCCUGGGAACCCCUGCUGGAGAGGGCGGGAGAAGACGAUGGCCAGCUGCGAUGUCCAUGCUGGCCAAACCAGCGAGCCCUGCAGAGAGGCUGGUCUGAGGAGGAAGAAGCCUGCCUGGCUCCAUGACCUCUGCUCACAGAAUUCUCUCCAAUGCAGGAUGCCUCAGAUGGAUGGACGUGUACAGUAUAUAUAUAUUUUUUUAAGUGACCUGCCCCUCCCUUCUCAGCUCCAACAUGCCCAGAGGCUUCAAGGCUUUCUGCCUCUGCUCUGUAGACCCAGUGAGGCUCAGUCUGCGGCUCCUUCGUGCCCCGGUCUCCGGCUGAUGCUGAGGCUUUGUCCUCCUUUUGUCAGUUUUUUCCUUUUUUGUUUGUAUGGUUUUUUUUAUAAGAACUCCGAAAAUAAAAGACUUGAAGGAAAGGUGCAGGUUCCUAGUGCCUCUGGGCAAAUGCUCUGCAAUUGAUUGAUUCUUGGAAGGGAGAGUCUGACUGACACUGGGAGAUGAACAGACCUCAUAUGCUCAGGAUUUAUUCUUGACGGUGUAUCAAGACUCUGGGAUACUCUGGUGAGUGACACCCUGUCUGCCAAAGGAGGAGACUCAGCAAAGGGCCCUGAUGGGGUGGGGAAGGCUUCCUGGAGGAGGUGGCAUCUAAGCUAAGGGGGAGCUCGGGCAUGGUCAGGCUAGGUUACAAAGGUUCUGCUAUGAUGAAGGCAAGAAGUGGAGGCACUCGAAAGAUGUGUCAGGGUGACAUCCACAGGAGUUUGUGAUGGCGGUGAUGGGGGGGCCCACUUCCCUGGGCCCAGAGCAGUGUGAAGCACCUCUGGUCGUGAAGGUCCAAGGCUUUUAGCCUUCUGCUGGAGACAGCGAGAGUCCAUGCAGAAACAGCACCGAGCCUGGGGGGUCUGGGAGAGUCAGGGUGACAGCCAACUGUACCCUUAACUGGGGGCCCCUGGGCAAGGACCCCCUCCCAGGUCGCCUCUCUUCCCCUAAGUGUGUUGGCUAGAACAGAGGCUGCAGAGCAUUGUCCUGUUGGGUUCCUUUGACCCCUAGCAAGUCUUCAGACUUAGAAAUGGAGAGAUUUCAAUAAACUUUUUCAUUUAGGGCUCCUCUUGGAAAGUCCAGAAAUGUGACCACAGGGGCCUGUGCUCCUCCUGGCAACAAGCGGCUGGGGCCACACAGCGGCCACCCCUUAAGUAGGACAUUGGCCCCUAGUUCCACAGCCCCCACUCCCUGGUGGUCCCGAUACAAGGGCCUGCGUUGUUGCCAUCUGUCAUUACACUUGUACUGUUCUUAGUAUAGAAAUGAAAACGGGGACAGGAGAAGCUGGACCCAGAAGAGCUGGUGCUUAAAGAAUUAUGGGCAAGAGCCUGUUUCUUCUUCUUGGAAGUAAAGUAUUCCUGUGUGUGAAACAUGGAGAAGUGGUCUGCGUCCAAACACUGCAGCCCCGCAGCCCGGCAUCUGUGAGUGGGCUCCCCAGGCUGUGACCUCCCUCCUCGACUACAGGAUUCCAGGUCUUCAGUUCACCCCCUUGGGGUAGACAGACCAGCCCAAAGAACAGCUGAGAGCCGGGCAUGUUCUACUCACUACCUUUUAUUCUCACAGGAGCCGUGGCUGGAGGGCUGAUGACAAGCUUGGCUGUGCAGAGGGAACUAGGGGGUGGCAGAAAGUGAGGGGAGGGGCUGCAGUUUGCGGGGGCUGGUUCUUCCUGGGUGUAUGAUGCCGGGAAGAGGGAAGGGGUGGCUCAUGCCCCCAGUUAAAGGGCUGGAAAACUGAGGCCUGGAGGGGAGGGGACAGCAGAGGUGUCCGUCCUGGUACUUAGGACAGUGCCGUCCCUUCUCCCUGCACCUGCCCACCACUUCCAUGAUCUUGGAGUUCCGUGUCAGCCUGCUGUGGUGGCAGCAGUGGGGGUCAGCCUCUCUCAUGGUCCAUGUCCCUGGGCCUUGCGUUCCUGCUAGUGGAUGGGAGUUUGGGCAGCAAGUGUACCACUAAUCUAUGCCAUUCUGAUAUGAUCGUUGUGUCCAAGGCUGAUGGAGAGGCAGAGUCUCAUAGAAUGAGGUGCAGGGUGGGAGACAGCAAGGGGAGGGGUGUGUAAGGGAAGGAGAGGG